CUCCUCUCCCCGGACGGUCCCCAUUUGCGUUAAAAGGAGUUCAAAAAUAAAGAGCUUUAUUUUUUAUUUUUUUUUGUGCCUUUUUUUACGCUGCUGCUGCUGCCGCCCCCCUCCGUCCCUCUUUUCUCCGUCCCUCCCUCCCUCCGCACGUACACACCGGCCCGGGCCAGCCGAGGACUCCCAAAUCCUACCGGGCAUCGAGGCUGGCACACGGCGGGGCACCGAGAGCUCUCUGCCCGCUCGGACCGUCUUUACUCGCGCCGCCGGUGGCUGCUGGAGCCCCGCUUCUUCUCCUCCUCUCCCCCGGAGGCGUCCGCCGGCGAGACGUGGACUCCGCUCGACUUUCAUACCCUGUGGUGCUGGGCAGAGCGUUAUGGCUCAGACGCUGCAGAUGGCGAUCCCCAACUUUGGCAACAACGUCCUGGAGUGUCUGAACGAGCAGCGGCUGCAGGGCCUCUACUGUGAUGUCUCCGUGGUCGUCAAGGGACACGCCUUCAAGGCCCACCGCGCGGUCCUGGCAGCCAGCAGCUCCUACUUCCGGGAUCUGUUCAACGCCGGGGGGAAGAGCUCGGUGGUGGAGCUGCCCCCAGCCGUGCAGCCUCAGAGCUUCCAGCAGAUCCUGGCCUUCUGCUACACGGGGCGCCUCAGCAUGAACGUCGGAGACCAGUUUCUGCUCAUGUACACCGCCGGCUUCCUCCAGAUCCAGCAGAUCAUGGAGAAAGGCACGGAGUUUUUCCUCAAGGUCUCCUCCCCAAGCUGUGACUCCCAGGGCCUCCACACCGAGGAGACCCCGUCCUCGGAGCCCCAGAGCCCCGUCACUCAAACGGUGGGCGGGGGCGUCGGCGGCGCCGCCGCCGCCGCCGCCGCCUCGGUAGGACGGCCCGCUUCCUGUCUGACGCCCCUUCCCCUGGUGUCCAAGGUGAAGACCGAACAGACGGCCACCACGCCUCAGCCGACGCCGCAGCCGCAUCAGCAGGAGGGCUCUCCCUACUCUGUGGUCUGCACCCCGGUGGCCAAGCGGCUAUGGGAGGGGGGCAACCGUGACGGGGGAGGGGGGUCCGGUGGGGGCGGGGGAGGCGGAAUGAGGAAGGCGGCGCGCUACUCCUCCUCCUCCUCUUCCUCCUCCUCUUCCAACACAGUCAACCAGGACGCCUCCGGGCGAGGACCCGCAGCCAACGCUGCCAUGAUGGGCGGCGUCGGCGGCGGCGGCGGCGGCGGCGGCGCCACUUUAGUGGGAGGAGCUGGACUCAACAGUAACCACAACAACAACAACAACAACGGCGGGACCCCCGAGGGCACGAGCCCCGGCACGCUGAGCAUGUACACCAGCGACUCGCCCAUCAGUUACCACGACGACGAGGAGGAGGACGACAUCGCGGACGAGAGCGCGGAGGAGCAGUACAGGCAGAUCUGCAACAUGUACACCAUGUACAGCAUGCUCAACGCCGGAGCAGCAGUAGUCGGGGAGCGGGUGGAGGCUCUGCCAGACUUGGCCCCGGACUCGGGGGGCGGCCGUGGGGGGAGAGGGGCGCGGUCCCGGCAGGACCUGGCAUCGCUGCCCGCCGAGCUCAUCAGCCAGAUCGGAAACCGCUGCCACCCCAAGCUGUACGAGGAGGGCGACCCGGCCGAGAAGCUGGAGCUGGUGAGCGGCACCUCCGUGUUCAUCUCCCGCGCUCAGCUCAUGAAUUGCCACGUGAGCGCCGGCACCCGCCACAAAGUGCUGCUCAGACGCCUGCUGGCUGCCUUCUUCGACAGGAGCACUCUGGCUAACAGCUGUGGAACUGGUAUCCGCUCCUCAACCAACGACCCGAGCCGUAAACCUCUGGACAACAGAGUACUGCACGCUGUCAAAUUCUACUGCCAGAACUUUGCGCCGAGCUUCAAGGAGAGCGAGAUGAACGCCAUCGCGGCCGACAUGUGCACCAACGCCCGGCGCGUCGUCCGCAAGAGCUGGAUCCCCAAGCUGAAGCUGCUGAUGGCCGACAGCGACGCCUACUCCGCCUUCCUGGCCGACAGCGUGAAGAUGGAGGCCGACGCGCUGGGGGGGGAGCAGGGCUUCGAUCCCGCCUCGCUGGAAGCCGUGGCGGCGGCGGCGGCGGCGGCGGCAGCGGCGGCCGGCAACAACCACAGCGACACGGGAAACGGCGCCACGCCGGCAGACGCCCUGCAGGGGGCGGGAGGAGACGGCAGCACUUUGUUUUGAGUGAGUGAACGGACGGACGGAUAGAAUGGACAGAUUGAUGGAAGGAGGGAUGGCAUUUCUCUGGGGUGACGAGUAGAGAAUGAUGGCCAGUGCGGUCUUGAUGACGGUUUUCACUCCCCCCCCCCCCUAGCUGCCGCCGCCGCCGCUGCCUCCACCGCAGCGUGUUUGGGGAUGUGUUUAUUCUCUUACACCUCUGUUUGUUCUACUUUCCUUCCUUUGUUUGUCCACGUUUCCAUCUUUCUCCACUUCGGGGUUGCUUUUCUGGUGGAGAAAGAUAGAAAGAGGAAAAAAAAAGGUUGCAGAGGAAUGAUGCUGACAAAUAGCCCCCCCCCCACACACGAUCCUUCCAUUCCUCUGCAACCUUUAAAGAUCUGAUUGUUUCAACCUUUAUUUUUCGUGUUUUAAAAGUAUGUACUGUCACUAAGGC